AUUUAGUAAUACUCUCAAGGUUCCUGCUUUAUUCGAAAAUCUGCUAAAUAGUCUUAUGUCUUAUGUCUGAAGGGUCGUCUAUAUUGUCCUCUGGGCCUAAAAGACAAUACGGGACUCUAGAAUCUACGAAUGCCUCACAAAAUCCUCAUAAAAUAUAUACCGUUAAACCUGGAGAUACUCUUGUGUCAAUCGCAGUACAAUUUGGGACAACAGUACAAAGAUUGCGAUGGAUUAAUCGUUUGUGGGGCUCAGAUAUCUCUAACAUAGCUACAUUAAAAGUUCCUGUUAAGUCUCAGUCUGAGUCUAGGGGGUUUAUACAUCAUAAUUCAAUAGAGUUGUCUACAGUCAAAAAGAAAUCUGGGCCUGGUAACGAAGACGCUCCACAAAUAGCUUCUGCUAACAUUUAUUUUAAAGAAUUGUCAGAAAGGGUUGAAAAGGCUAAGGAAGCUGCCUCCCGCUGCUUAGAAAAGAGCAGACUACCUGAAAUCAUAGCUGACUGUGAUCCCAGUAAACGCGAUUGCUUUCCCGUUCCAAGUUUAUCGGUAACUGAUGAAACAGUUGUAAUGGUAACACCACCUUCAACUUCCAAACUUAAUUCAAUUACUGAUUCUCGAAAAAGAUUUUGUUCAGUCCCUACAAACAGUAUUCAUGAUCCAUGCUGAUUCGUAUGUUAGAUUAGAUGAUCUCGUGUGAAAAUGCAUCACACUUUUUGUAAUUGUGCAAUAAAUGUGUUGUUUUUGUCCGUCUGGACUGUGAUAAUUCGUUCAUUUUGUCAUUUUUCGUUCGUUUACUUACAAUUUAGUUCGUAUUGUAUAUGUGUAGGGUCUUGAUUUUUAGCAUCCACUUUAAUUUAUUUUUAAUCUUAAAAUACUAAAGAUUCUCAUAGUGUAAAUCACACAUGGUGUUAUAACUUAAUUUGUACGCCGUAUUUUAUUUCUCUUCAGUCUACAUCCAACAAACUUUUUGAACGACCAUUACCACAAACGUCGUUUUACCAAAGAUGUCAAAAACUAUUCUGUAUUUGCUAAUCAAAUAUAUAUAAAUGUGCA